GCCGCCAAGUAGUGAAUCUGUUCAAUGGCGCACGAUCAUUAUUAUUGGGACUAGUUUGUCCACAGCCCACACUGGUCGUCCAUCCUCCUUUUCUGCCGACAAUUGUCACUUCUCCUCGUUUGACUUCAGAUUCAAGGGCCUCGGAGCGUGUGCGGUCAUUGAUAUCGAGUCCUUGUCUCCUUUCGCCCCACCUCUUGGCCUUCGGGUUAUGCCCAUAUCGUCAACGGCGACCUUUCCGAUCCAUCACGACGCGCCGAGGUUUAUGGGGAAAGCCACCUCAGCCGCAUCACCUUGAUUUGAACGGCACACACAAUGGGUAAGCUUGCAGCAGAUGGCCAGCCAGAUGCUGGACUGAGAAGCCUGGAUCAUUAUCGCAACCAACUCCCCUCCUGGCGAUACUGGCCGCGACAGAAACUUCUCCCAUUGAUUCGAUAUGAGACGCCGUAUCUAGCCUGGUGUCAGGAGAAUAUUCGCACUCCGACCUUGGAUUCCUAUUUCGCAUUCACCGCCAACCUGGGGACGCACACCUUUUUCAUGGUGUUCCUGCCAAUCUUGUUCUGGAGCGGGCAUCCGAGUUUAGGACGAGGGAUGGUACAUCUACUAGCUUGCGGUGUGUUCUUUAGCGGUUUCGUCAAGGACCUCCUCUGUCUCCCGCGACCACUCUCUCCCCCCCUACAGAGAAUCACAAUGUCCGGGUCUGCGGCUCUAGAAUACGGCUUUCCUUCGACCCAUUCGACCAACGCAGUCUCCGUCGCAGUUUAUGCCCUCUACCUGCUCAACUCGCCGGAUUCCACCCUAGGUCCCAGUCUCAAUUUCUUCCUCCAGGCAGUAACAUAUCUUUAUGUCAGCUCAAUCGUGAUCGGGCGCUUGUACUGUGGUAUGCACGGGUUCUUCGAUGUCAUCAUUGGCUCCCUUCUAGGUGCCUUGCUAGCCGUCAUACACUACGCCUAUGAACCUAUAAUCGACCAGUAUGUCUAUUCCGGAAGUGGGAAGCAGAUGGCGCUGGUGGUGGUUGUAAUAUUAGCCCUCGUUCGGAUCCACCCCGAGCCUGCAGAUGAUUGCCCGUGCUUUGAUGAUAGUGUGGCUUUUGCGGGGGUGAUGAUUGGGGCACAGGUGGCUUACUACACCGUGGCUAGAGCCAAUGCCCGUUGGGACUUGCCUCAUCCAGCAAGUCUUCCUUACGGGCUCGAACGCCUCGGGGUGUUCAAAAUGAGUCUUCGAUUCAUAAUCGGAGUGUUGUUGCUAUUUGCGUGGAGGGAGUUCAUGAAACCUUUUCUUCUGCGGGUGUUGCCUCCAGUGUUUCGAGGGUUGGAAAAGGUCGGACUGGAUCUUCCUCGUCGGUUCUUUACCAGAGCUUCCCAAUAUACAAAGGUCCCAGCUCAUCUAAAGGAUCACGAAUUGAUCCCAAGCUUUUCCGAUAUUCCUUCGAUAAUCACCAACAUUCGCCAUCCCAAACGGCGCGCAAUCUCUAUUGGACCUCAGUCUGAAGCCGAUGCAUACGAGACGCUCGCAUACCGCGAGAAGCGCCGCCGCGAGAGCCUGUCGAGUGGGUAUCGAGGUUACCCUGUCGUUGAAGGUCAUCCCCAUGAGUCCUCAACAUCUGGUGUAGAGCCCUCUAAACUAUCGCGCAAAUAUUCAAAGCUGGAAGAUUAUGAGCAUAUGAUGGGAACAGGGUCCACCGCCAUCGAGCCCGGCUCUCAGUCUCCGAAUGGGAUGGAACCGUUCCCCGAGUUUGUUUCUGACGAGCGCGAUGAGCAAGCUUUGUUCUCCCAAAUCAAACGACCUCGCGUGCGCUAUGAUGUCGAGGUGGUGACCAAGCUGGUGGUGUAUUCUGGAAUUGCCUGGAUUGUGAUCGACGGAGCCCCCAUUUUAUUCCAAUUAAUAGGACUUAUGCCGUAGUACGAGAAUGAUUAAGACGACCUUUCAAUUCCUUGGUUCAGCCGGCUGAACCGCCAUGUAGUAUAGUUUCCCGGGUUUCUGAUGUGUACAUAUGAAUUCCGGUUCAUGUUCAAGAUCACUUUUGCUUGAUAUCUAGAUCUCUCUUCUGAUAUCUAGAGUUUCCCUUGCUUUUUUGUUUGUUUAACAUGUUGGUUUAGAAUGCACAACUAUUUAAUUUCUACG